AUGGUUAAUGGAACUGCCUCAUCGUUCCUACGGCCUGGCCUAGUAGCUGCUGCUGGACCAGCUGCGGCCGCUGUGGCUGCCGGUAACAGUGUGGCAUGGAUGAGUACUGCACCCCCAGAUCAUUUCGACUAUGAUUAUGUAGUACUCGGAGGAGGUAGUGGUGGUAUGGCUUCGGCUAAAAAGGCUGCGUCAUAUGGUGCCUCAACCUUACUAUGUGAUUUUGUCUCACCUUCUAUCACUCGUGGAACCAAAUGGGGUCUUGGUGGUACAUGUGUUAAUGUUGGCUGUAUUCCGAAGAAGUUAAUGCAUUAUACUGGCACUUUGGAAGGCCAAUUACGUGAUGCCAAGCAACUGGGUUAUACUGAGAUCCCCGAGAAGAAGGCUGGUGAUCACUAUCAACAUGACUGGAACACAAUGGUUUCGGACAUACAGAUGUAUAUCAAGAAACUCAAUUUCAUGUAUAGGACAGGCCUGAGGAACGGAGGGGUCGAAUAUGAGAAUGCCUGGGGAUGCUUUGACCCUGAGGCUGGUCCACACACUGUUAAGCUUACCAACAAGAAGGGAGAGGUUCGAACAGUUACUGCUAAGAACGUACUCGUUGCAACUGGUGGCAGGCCUCGAAUUCUGGAUAUCCCUGGAGCUCGGGAGUAUGGUAUCACCUCGGAUGAUCUAUUCUCUCUCCAUACACCACCAGGAAAGACUUUGGUAAUCGGUUCCCGAUACAUUGCUCUUGAGUGUGCUGGGUUCCUUACGGAACUAGGUUACGAUACCACCGUCUCUGUGAGAUCUGACAAGGUGUUGAAGAACUUCGAUCAGGACAUGGCCAACAAGGUGAAGUCCGUGAUGCAAGAACUGGGUACCAAGUUUCUCAUGGAAUCAGAGCCGGUUUCACUCACUAAAGAGGCCACUGAGGGCUCUCGCAUAGUCGUCAAAUUCGAAGACGGAACGAGUGAUGAAUAUGAUACUGUUCUCUUUGCGACUGGACGAACCCCAUCUACCGCCAAUCUCGGCCUACCAUCCGAAGCUUUCGCGAGUCCGACUAGUGCCAAGCUCAUAGUGGAUGAGAAGAACUUGGUUAGAGGUACACCCUGUGUUUACGCUGUUGGUGAUGUUCUCAAGGGAAAACCUGAGUUGACUCCUGUAGCUGUCAAGGAUGGAGAGUUGCUUGCCGAUCGGUUAUUCGGUGGCAAGACCAAGCUCAUGGACUACAGCGGCAUUCCUACUACGGUUUUCACACCUGCCGAGUACUCCCAUGUUGGUAUGAGCGAGGAGGAAGCUCUGAAGGAGUAUCGUCAAGAUGAAAUAGAGUGCUACAUGUAUAGUUGGGGAUCCCUCGAGUUAUCUGUAACCCAUAGGCCGAAGGUCCCGUCUGCUAUGGCUAAUGAGUUCGAUGAGGAGAUGUCCCCGAACUGUAUGUGUAAGAUCGUUGUCCAUGAGCCCGAUGAGAAGGUUUUGGGAUUCCAUUACAUUGGUCCCGCUGCUGGUGAAGUCAUUCAUGGCUUCGCUAUUGCAUUCAAGAUGGGCUUGACGAAGGCCCAGAUCGAAGAUAUUGUCGGUGUUCAUCCUACCGAUUGCGAAGCAGUCAUUCAACAAAUGGAUAUCACGAAGUCUAGUGGUGAGAGCUACGUAUCAUCUGGAGGCUGCGGUGGUGGCAAGUGUGGAUAA